CGUCAUCUGGCCUCCGCGCGCGUCCCUUCUUGACGUCUCCGUCUGGGUCCAAGCGCCCGUCGACAUCAGGCCCCUUCCAAGCGUCUUCCUUGCCUCCUUACUCUCUUCCCUGCCUCUUUCUUUAUGUGCAAAACUCAGGUGGAACAGAGCGGCGGAGCCUCGGGUUUUCCAGGGGGAAGUGGCGGCGCGGUUGCAAUUGUUCGGAGGAGAGGGGAUGUUGUUGUCUGUUUGAUGUGAGUGGAGCAGCUGAAAGGAAAGAAUCAUGAGUGAAUUUCGAAUCCAUCAUGAUGUAAAUGAACUGAUCAGUUUGCUUCGUGUUCGUGGUGGUGAUGGAGCUGAAGUGUACAUUGAUCUUCUUCAAAAAAAUAGAACUCCAUACGUCACAACUACUGUGUCCUCCCAUAGUGCAAAGGUAAAAAUAGCCGAGUUUUCAAGAACUCCUGAGGAAUUUCUUAGGAAGUAUGAUGAACUGAAAUCAAUAAAUGUACGGAACGUGGAUCCAUUGGUUUACCUGUUAUCAAAGCUUACUGAAGAUAAAGAGACUCUGCAGUAUUUGCAACAGAAUGCUAAGGACAGAGCAGAACAUUCAUCCAAUGUUUUAGCUAGCAGUGGUGCAACGUUCAACAUCCCAACUACGACUGCCAAACUCUCGAUACAGGAACUUGAAGAACUUCGUAAACAGCUCGGUAGUGUCACUACAACUACAAAUUCACAGCAGCCACUUGAAGUAAUCCGAAAGCUCCUUCGUGACAAGCAUAACAAGAGAAAUCCAGGGCUGAUAAUUCCACAUUUCCCUCCAUGGGUGUAUGAAAGGCCAGCCCUUCUGGGAGACUUUAUAAACAGCUCCAGUCCAAUCACUGAGACAGUAGUCUCUAUAGGAACAUUAGCUCUUCCUGCGCAAGAACAAAUGAUAGUUGAAGAUUUGCUGUACGUUUUGAUUGGAGUAGAUGGGAAGUACAUCACAGCACAACCGUUAAUGGGAAGGCAGAGUCGAUCCUUUACUGUUGAUCCCACAUUGGACAUGUCUGUUAAAGAACUUGUAAAUAGGAUCCUUCCAAUAGCAGCCAGCUACUCCUCUGUCACCAGGUUCAUUGAAGAUAAGUCCUCCUUUGAACAUGGUCAAGUAAACCACGCUUUGGCUGCAGCAAUGCGGACUCUUGUGAAGGAGUACAUGAUCCUCGUGACACAACUGGAACAUUUACAGCGACAAGGGCUGCUCUCGUUACAAAAACUUUGGUUUUAUGUCCAGCCAACUAUAAGAACAAUGCAGAUCUUGGCUUCAAUCGCUACUUCUGUGGAGAAAGGAGAGUGCAUGGGGGGUUCAACACUAAGUGUACUCCAUGAUCGGACGUUUAACUACACAGGAGACAGUCAGGCACAAGAGCUGUGUCUCUACCUGACUAAAGCAGCCAGUGUUCCAUACUUUGAAAUUUUAGAGAAGUGGAUCUACAGGGGAAUCAUACAAGAUCCUUACAGUGAAUUCAUGGUGGAAGAACAUGAAUUGCAAAAAGAGAAAAUUCAGGAGGAUUACAAUGACAAGUACUGGGAUCAGAGGUACACCAUCAUCCAGCACCGAAUCCCUUCGUUCCUGCAGAAGUUAGCUGACAAGAUACUGAGUACAGGAAAAUAUCUUAAUGUCGUUCGAGAAUGUGGUCGUGAUGUGACCUGUCCCGAUGCCAAGGAAGUGAUCUAUACUCUGAAGGAAAGAGCAUAUGUGGAACAAAUUGAAAAAUCUUACAACUAUGCCAGCAAAGUUCUAUUAGACUUCUUAAUGAAGGAAAAAGAACUCCUGGCACGACUCAGGUCAAUAAAACACUAUUUCCUCAUGGACCAAGGGGAUUUCUUUGUCCACUUCAUGGACCUUACGGAAGAGGAGCUGAAAAAGUCUGUAGAUGACAUUAUUCCUACCAGACUAGAAGCCCUGCUGGAACUGGCACUGAGAAUGAGCACGGCCAACACUGACCCAUUUAAAGAUGAUUUGAAGAUUAAUCUAAUGCCACAUGACCUCAUUACUCAGCUGCUGCGGGUUCUGGCUAUUGAAACCAAACAGGAAAAAGCUAUCAUCAAUGCAGAUCCAACAGAGAUUGCUCUUAGUGGCCUGGAAGCUUUCUCCUUUGAUUAUGUUGUGAAAUGGCCACUUUCGUUGAUUAUAAAUAGGAAAGCUUUGACUAGGUAUCAAAUGCUCUUCAGACAUAUGUUUUACUGCAAACAUGUGGAACGGCAGCUGUGCAACGUGUGGAUCAGUAAUAAAGUUGCAAAACAGAAUUCAUUACACUCGGCUAAAUGGUUUGCUGCAGCUUUCACUUUGAGACAGCGAAUGCUGAAUUUUGUGCAGAACAUUCAGUAUUACAUGAUGUUUGAGGUUAUGGAGCCGAAUUGGCACAUUAUGGAAAAUAAUCUAAAAUCCGCAUCUAAUAUUGACGAAGUUUUGAGCUAUCAUACCAGUUUUCUGGACAACUGUAUGAAGGAUUGUAUGUUGACUAAUACGGUGCUGCUGAAGAUUUUUUCAAAACUUAUGUCAGUGUGUGUCAUGUUUACCAACUGUAUGCAGAGGUUUACUCAAAGCAUAAAGAUUGAUAGUGAGAUGUCACGCCUGACACUGGAACAUGGUACAAUGAAAGGUCCACCAACUCACUUAGAACGAACUGAAGAGAUUGAAAAGAAGAGGCUCACCAAAAAGUUUGUAGCAGAGCAUGUAGAUGCACUGCAUUCGACACCUGGAUUUGAGGGUACAGUGAACACAUUUGACAACAAUUUCUCUUCCAAUCUGCUUGACCUGCUGGACAGAUUAAGCAUUUCAAGCACAAAUGACUGCGAGCAUAGUAUGAUCAAUAUAAUAUACAGGUUAGAUUUUAAUGGAUUCUACACUGAACGCCUUGAACACAUGGCUGCAGAAAGGAGCAAACCGCAGGGCCCACAAGGAUUUGUUACAAGAGCAGCUUUGGCUGCUCAGUAAAUUACUGGAAAUGGCCUGUAAAUUUACCAUUAUAAUGAUCAAUACCUGCAAGACACAAUCAAUAUCUUGGUGUGUAAUAACUGGCUGCUUGAAAUUCAUACUUAGCCAUUAAGCUAUCAAAUAUGGAAUUAGAUUAUUUUGAAGCUUUUGUGAAUAAGAUCCAUUUGUUAAUACUACAUUAGUUUGUAACUAGCUGUCAGAAAGAAAAGUAAAAUGGAGUUAUUUCUGUAUUCAGUAUUUCUGAGCUUGAGGGAUCGGUGUGAAUUCCAACUCCCGAGGAAAUUUGUAACAAAUCGGUAAGCCUUCUCUCUCUUCAGCCCUUUCACGUGACUGUGUUGUUAUUCUGGGCAAGUGCUGUGCAUUUGGAGGAAAAGGAAACAAAAGAGGGACAAAAAUCAGCCAAGUGGAAGUCAUGCUGCCCCUACAGUGCAAAUAGAGGGUGAGCCUGGCUGUGCUGUGAUCCCAUCUGCAGGCAUUGACUGCUACUCACUGAAGAGAGUAACGAGAGACGACUGAAAUGAAAAACAGGUGAGAGAGGGCAAUCAGAGAGUAAUGUAUUGAAAUUUCUAACAGUGUUCCGUUGAGUGCAGGCAUGUGUAAAUGAGGUGGGUUUUUUUUGUUUCAAAAGCUGAGAAUUUCAGAUUUUUUUUACAGUCAUAGUGCCUUCAAUCAUUUCACUUUACACCCUGCACUUCAAUUUUUAUUAUUUUUAGUAUAUCUGACUAAGUCUGUAAUAAAUUUUUCAAUAU